GUAUGUGUGUUGAAAAAAUCCUGAUGUUUAUGUCCCAGUCUUAAUUAUCUAGGGGCGUCCAAGUAUUCACAGGUGGAAACCGAUGCGGUUCCAUGACGUCUACGUCACGAAUCACUACAGUAUAAAUACUUGCAGACUGAAAGUUAUGCUCACAUACAGCAUGUACACUCCCUCUAGUGGUAACAACUUCACUUUUCAUUUGGAAUUUGGAAUAGAGAUUGCAACCUCUGACAACACUUGCAAUGAUGCUGUGGACACUGAGGGUACUGACCACUCUGCUGUCCUUGGCAUGUCUGCGAGCGAUAGAGGAGGAGGACAUUAGAGCAGGCUGUAGUACAGCAGUGAAUGACCUGGUGUACAUCCUCGAUGGCUCCUGGAGCGUGGGAAGCACAGACUUCGAGACGGCCAAGCGCUGGCUGGUGAACAUCACCAGCGGCUUCGACGUUGGCCCGCUCUACACGCAGGUGGCGGUGGUGCAGUACAGCGACACGCCGCGGCUGGAGAUCCCGCUGGGCCGCCACCAGAGCACUGCCGCGCUCGUUGCCGCCAUCCAGGACAUCAGUUACCUGGGCGGCAACACGCAGACGGGCCGUGCCAUCAAGUUUACCAUCGAGCACGUCUUCCCCAGCUCGCUGCGCUCCGAGGCCGUCAAGAACCGCAUCGCCGUGGUGGUGACCGACGGCAAGUCACAGGAUGACGUGGUGGAUGCUAGUGUGGAGGCACGGGCGCAGAACGUAAUCCUCUUUUCCGUCGGGGUGGGCGACGAGAUCACCACGUCCGAGCUGGUGGCCAUCGCCAACAAGCCGCCGAAUGACUACGUGCUCCACGCAGAGGACUACACAACCAUCGACCGCAUUCGAGACUCAAUGGAGCAGAAGCUUUGUGAAGAAUCGGUGUGCCCAACACGUAUCCCCGUGGCCUCUCGCGAUGAAAAGGGCUUUGAGCUGUUGGUGGGGAUGAAAAUCCAUCUGAAGGCCAAGAAGAUUGCGGGCUCCCUCGCAUCUGAAGCCGCCUACCAUCUGGAGAAUGGAGUUGACAUCACGGAGAACACCAGGGAGAUCUUUCCAGAGGGUCUGCCCCCCUCCUACGUGUUCGUGGCGACCGUUCGUCUGCGGGCAUCCCUGCGCAAGGAGAAGUUUGACCUGUGGAGAGUGCUGUCCAAAGACAAAGCCACACAGGCGGCGGUGACUCUAAACGGUGCCGACAAAUCAGUUACCUUCACCACCACCAAGCUCACCAACGGCGAACAGAAGAUCACCUUCAACGCUCAGGGGGUUGAGAGGCUCUUUGACGGCGGCUGGCACCAGCUGAAGGUGCUGGUCAGGCCCAAGCAUGUCACCUGUUUCCUUGACGACGUCCAGAUCCAGGACGAGAGCCUGGAGCCCGUGGUGCCCAUCUACAUCAAUGGCAAGACGCAGAUCGCCAAGAAACUCAGUUCAGAGGCUACUGUUCCUGUACAAAUACAGAAACUCAGACUGUACUGUGACCCACAUCAAAGUGAACGGGAGACAGCAUGUGAGAUCUACUCUGUGGAUGAUGAGAGGUGUCCACUGGAUCGUGAACCUGCAGUGGAAGAGCCCACAGAAGAGGAGUGUGAUUGCGUCAAAGGUAGCCCAGGACCACCAGGACCUUCUGGACCAAGGGGCUUCCGUGGAGAGCAAGGCAGAGAAGGCCCUCCAGGUCCCGAUGGCAAGCAUGGGCGGCCAGGUCCACUGGGAGAGCCAGGAGAGACAGGUGUGCCCGGGGAGAAGGGUGAAGCAGGAGCAGCCGGCCAGACAGGAGACCCGGGGAUCAUAGGACUUAAAGGAGACCGAGGGGAACAAGGCCUUCCAGGAAUGCCGGGACCACCGGGACCGAAGGGUCCAAGUAUGUCACGAUCAAACAUAGGGACCAUUGGGAUGCCAGGAAAAAGGGGAUUGCCGGGUGGAAGGGGAGAAAAGGGACCCACGGGAGAGACAGGACCAAUGGGGGAACAAGGGCUUCCUGGAAGUGAUGGGCUGGACGGCUCACUGGGACCAAAGGGUGAAAAAGGGGACCGCGGGAUGCCAGGUCCCGAUGGGACACAAGGAGUACCGGGCAUCCGGGGACUUCCUGGAGAGGCGGGGCGUGCAGGACCUCAGGGGGAGAAAGGAUCUCCAGGACAGAAGGGGGAACUUGGGCCUAAAGGAUCUUCGGGGAUCCAGGGCCCAGCAGGAACACCUGGAGUGGAUGGCCUUGCAGGCCCAAAGGUCUGUCUGAUGUUGGACCAAAAAAAAAAACAACAACAAAAAAGAAAAAGAAAAACACCCCCACCAUCCGCAAUUUCACUAAUGCUCCAGCCAAGUCCAAUGAGAGUGUGUUCUGAAAUGAACACAGCUCCUUUUUUCCCUUGUCAGGCUCGUUAGGGCUUCCUAAU